AUGUCGAUUGUAGAUGUAGCUCACGAUGCCCGCUUCGAGAGACCAAAUUUGCAAAUAUGUAAAUACAAGGAAUUCCUCGUAUUUAAUCCAUUCAGCAGAAAUGGCGCAUCGGUUUCCACUAUGUUGACCGUUCAAGUCUCUUACCGAUCGGAGCACCCUGGUACUCCAAGCAUUGUGUGUCUUAACAUCACAAUGAGCUGUUCAUGGCGCCAACAACCAAUGAUCGCGCAGCAACAAAAAUUGUACUUUUCAAUCUGUCGUUGCUGCUGCCUGCGAUCUUUGACUAGCUAUUUCUGCACGAACGCGAUAACCAAACAGACAGUGUUUGCUGAAACACAGGCGAUACAUCGAUUCUACGCAGCUAUAUGCUCUGAACCGGCUACUUUGUGUGCUUGGAUAGCAUAUCGUGCUCUACUUUUGACAGCUAAAAGCUUUUAUCAGUGA